UUCUUUUAAUGCAUUUACUUGAGAAGAAGUGAAGUGAUAAAUGCGAUUUGCGACAUUUUCUCUCUGUUUAUGAGGUGAAGCAGUAAAUAUUUUAAAAAUUUUGCAAUUAAUUACUAUUUUUUAUUUUAUUUUUUGAUCAUCACUUUCUGCAGAUACAUUAUAAUUGGUGAAAGGUAACAGAUUCAUUUAUUAAAUAAAUGGCCGAAGCAGUAGCUGAAGAAUAUCGAUCAUCCUUAGCAGAUCUGAAUUUCAACAGUAAACCUCAUAUAAAUAUGUUAACUAUGCUUGCAGAGGACAAUGUUCAAUAUGCUUCGUUGAUUGUAGAUACUAUUGUCAAUCAUAUAAAAUCGGUACCUCCAGAUUUAAAACUUCCUAGCCUCUAUUUAGUGGAUUCAAUUAUGAAGAAUAUUGGUGGAAAAUAUAUUGCUCAAUUUAGCAAACAUAUGAUAGAACUUUUCAGCUCAGUUUUUGAAAAGGUUGAUGAAGCAACUAGAAGUUCUCUUUAUAAAUUAAGGCAAACUUGGAAUGAUAUAUUACCUAAAACUGUUUUAUAUGGCAUUGAUUGUCGCGUUAACAGCAUUGAUCCAGCAUGGCCUAUAACUGCAAAGGUGACGGCAAAAAGUAUUCAUGUGAAUCCAAAAUUUGUGAGUGGCACUGCCAAUACAGCUCAAAAUUUAAUAAAAGAAUCUGAAAUAAAGAAACAAGAGGAAAUGAAAAAGUUGACUGAUGAAAAAGCUGAACGUGAAAAAAUGUUAAAAUUAAUUGAAGAAAAGAGAGCACAGUUAAGGCUCUUAGAAGCAAAGAAAUUACAUUUACAGCAUGCAAAGCUUAAAGGAAUGGAAUCAGUUCUAAAACAAAAAAAUCAGGGUAAUUCUGUUAUCCACCGUGAUCCACGUCUUAAAAAAGCUGUAGCUCUAAUUGCCUCUGCUGAAGCUGGUAAUGUUCCAGAUAGCUCAGUUCCUGCUUCUCUACAAUCUGUAGUAGUUGUUCCAAAUACAAAUUCUACUACCUCAAAGCCUCAUACAAAAGAUAUUGCUUCAAAUCAAAGCAACACAACUUCUCGUCCAUCUGAUACUCCCAAUGAUCCAAGAGCCAAAAGGAAUAAACUUGCAACAGAAGGAUCUUGUAAAAGUAACACAGCUUUAAAUAAAAAGAGAAAUUUGAUUCUAGAGGAAUCUCCUGGUGAUACUUCCAACAAUAAGAAACCUUGCAAAGAUUCUCUUAAUAUAAAUAGUUCUAAGGCUCUUCAGAAUAAUCAAUUAUUACCUGCUGAUAAUGUCAGUGAUCCAAGAGUUAAAUCUGAAUGUGGCAAUCAAACAUCCUCUAACCAAUUGCUUGAUCCUCCAAAAGAUGCAUCAAAACUUGCGACAAAGUAUGAAGACAAGAAGGAAACACUACUUGAUUCAGAUGAAAGGAGACAACCUCCAAUGCCUCUUUUUCUUGGAUCUGAAGACAAAGACUAUCGUAAAUUGCCCAUAGCAGUCGAUCAAUCCAAACGUCCUAGUGAAAUCUUACAUCAAACUGACAAUAAAAAUUCAUCAACUCCUAUUCAUCAAAAUAUUAAUUUGCCUUCCAAAGAAAUGCCAAAUGAUAUUAGAGAAAAACUUCAUGUGCCAGCAGAGCAAAUCAAUACAACCCACAAAGUAUCUGAAUUUCAUCCUACACCACUGCAUCCUCCUGAUCCAGUUAAUAAAUCUAUUACAAGUUUUCAGGAUGUAAUGAAACCUCCUUUAAAUAUUGAUUCCUCUGUGGCUCGUGGAUCGCCUAUACCUUUCACUCAAACUUUCAAACUUGAUGGCAAAGAUCGGAUUAUUCAUUUUGUUAAUAAACGAGCAUUUGCCUUCAUGGAUGAUAAGGAACCUCACGAAAUAAGCUUCAUCGGGACCCCUAGGAAUGUUUUUGUUGAAGGGCUUCCUCAAUCAUUGAUUUUGAGUUUUGAUCAAAAGUCUCAUGAUUUUGAUCUAGAUGGCAAAAGAAAUACUAUUCAGUUUGGCACUCCCUCUCGAGAACUUUACAUCAAUAAUCGGCCAUACGAAGUGCAGUUUGGUGGCCCCCCGUUGCUCGCCCCACUAGAAAACAACAAACUGCAUCACAUUCGAGUGGACGGUCCCCCUCCUCAAGUAUUGAUAGGAGAGAAACCUGCAUAUGAACUAUGUGAAACCUUUAAUAAAAUGCAUAAGCCUUCAUUGCAAAAUCCUAGUCUUGAGCCACCUGUGACUUCUACUGAAAAGACUUUGCCAUUCCAAGAUGUAGAUAUGCGCCUAAAGAGUAAACCUUUACAACCACCACCAUUUUUUGAGUCUACUGCAGCAAAAUUGAAAGACAUUGAUUGGCGUCAAGCACCUAUCUCAGAAUGUCAAACACCUUCAGUGUGGAAUGUAUCUCAAAGUUCAAAUAUAGUUCCUACAAACUCGGUAACAAAUACUACAGCUGUUACUUUAGAAAGGUUCCCGCAUCCUUCAUCUUUUCCUCAAGUUACUGAUGGAAACAUAGUCAAUGGCAGGAUGCCUCAAACAGCACCUUGGAGCGGAAGACCUCCCCUUGAACCUCAAUUUUCCAAUAAGCUGAUUGGUCCUCUACCUCCACCUCCCAGGUUACCAAUGGCUCUUAAUAGUUUGCCACCUCCUCCACCAUUACCAAACUUGCCUCCUGUAGAUGUAAGACCAACAAGAGUAUCAAAUUUACCUCCUGUAGACAUAAGGCCAACAGGAUUAUUAAAUUUACAUACUGUAGAUGUAAGGCCAACUGUUUGGAAACCUCUUCCUCCACCUCCCAUGUUUCCAACUUCUGUCUCAUCUGGGAGUUUACCAAAAGUACCACUACUUCCAACUCCACAUAUGUUACCGAUAGUCAGCACACCCUCCACAGUUAAUUUGCCACUUGAAAAACCGAUGGAACCAAUUCCACCUGUCGCUGCACCUAUUGAUGUUGGAUCCUUUUUUGAAAAGCUAGUGGCUGCAGGCAUUAUCUCAAAGAAAGAACCAGCUCCUUCUGUUGCAGCUGAUGAAAGCUCAUCAAAAGAGAAACCAGAAGAUGCAAUUAAAGAAGAAAAGGAAACCAAAAUACCUGCCAUCGAAUUAAAUCCUAAAAGUCUGAAGCAGUUUUACUCUGGACUCUUGACUUCUUUGUACAAAGGUUCACAAUGUGCAACCUGUGGCAUGAGAUUCAAAAAUUCCCAAGGUGAACAAUAUGGAAGACAUCUUGAUUGGCAUUUCCGAAUGAAUCGUAGAGAAAAAGAUGGUGCCAAAAAAGCCUUCUCUCGCAGACUCUUUUAUAACGUUAAGGAUUGGGAACAAUUUAUAGAAAUAGAAGAAGCUGAAGAAAGAGCUCCGAGUUACUUUGAACUUCAAGCUGAUUGUAUAAGCGUUAAAAAGGAAGAGGCUGAGAAAAUUCAUAGUGUUCGAGCGAGUGAAUGUGAAACUGAGAAAUGCUUUGUUUGUGGGGAGCAGUUCCAGCUGUUUUGGGUUGAAGAAGAGGAAGAAUGGCAUUUACGAAACGCUGUUAGGCAUGAUAAUGAGGUUUUUCAUCCAGCUUGCUACGAAGAUUUCAUAAAGGCUUCAAAGUCUCCUAUUGCUGACACAUCUAGAGAAGAAACAGAAGAUGAGGCUCUAGACGAAAAAAUAGAAGAAACGGGGGAGAAGAACGAAGAAGCAAGUAAUAAAGAAAAAGAAGAGAAGAAUGAGGUACGGAUAGCAGAGACACAUGAUGUACGAACAGAAGAAACACAUGAAGUACGAACGGAAGAGACACAUGAGGCGCGAACAGAAGAGACACGUGUGGUAAAAAUUGAAGAAAUACAUGAGGUAAAAAAAGAGAUAAAUGAGGUGGGAAAAGAAGAGAAUUCUGAGGAAGAUAAAGACAUGACAUCUAGAAAAGAAGCAAAUAUCCCACAAGAAGUAUGUGAAGAAGAAAAAAUGGAUGUUGAAGAAUCUCCUAUCCAAGAUGAUGUAGAUGUCAAAGUUCCUAUCAAAGAAGAACCUUUAGAAGACACUUCAAACAUCAAUGAACCUAAUGAUGUUCCAGUCAGUGAGAACCCCACUGCCGUUAACAUUGAAACGACAACGAAAAUUAAAGAAGAGCCCAUGGAUAGCUCUGAUACCGAAAAUAUUGCUGUAGAGAAUAAUAGUCCAUCGAAGAUUAUUGUUUACAUGAAUGAUGACUUUUUAGAUUACGGGACUGAAGAGGCAAUGGACAUUACUACUAAUGAACCUUCAGAACCUAACAAUAGGGUUAUAGAAGAUAAAGUAAUGAAAGCAGAAGAUAAAGUAAUCAAAGCAGAGGAAGUAGAUGAUAGGACUUUAGUGAAAACAGAACCGACAUCAGAUGAUGUUGAGAGUGACGAGUUCCGUCCGCCAACUCCAGACCCUAGGUUUGAUGUUCAACCGCCAAUUUUUAAAGGAACAGAAUUGUCUGCUCUAUGUACCAUAAUGUAGAUAAUUUAUAUAUUUUUUUAUUUAUUGUGAUAUUUGUACAUAAAAAACAACAACAAAAAAAUGAGCUGUGAUCCAAAGAAUAAAUAUUUCUUUUUUUAAAUUGUAAUCAGGCUUGCUUUAUUUUUCCUUAUUAUUAGUAUAUUUACUAACUAUUACUGUUUAAAGCUGUUUACUAACUAUUACUGUGAGAAGAAAAAAACUUUAUUUUUCAACAUAACUAUGCUGUUUAUUCCAUUGGUGUGUAUUAAAAAAGCCUUUCUUCAGAAGCAAUGAACAUUUAAGAGACAUUUUGGCAUUAACUCUAUGUAUUAGUACACAUGUUCUUGAUUUCUUUAUCUUAAAACCAGGCAUUAUUAGUCGUGUUUUUUUUUUUAAUUAUUCCGUACAGUCUAUUUCACAUUGACAUUGCUUCCAAAUAUUUCUCAAAUUUUUAAUGAGAUUUUGAGUCUGGUGAAUUUCUGGAUCAAUUUAUAUUAUGGUAACGGAUCAAUUCUUGUUGAAAUGUUCCAUUAAACGUCUGCUUCUAUAAAUAAUGUGUAUAUACUCGUGAUUGAAUUAAUUAUGCCCCUCAACAGGGACUAAACUUAUAGCAGCAUUUUGCUAGGUGGGGGGGAAGAAAACUAACUUAUUUCAAUUAAUUUUGCUCAAUAUAGUAACUUGUCUCUUUUUUGUCUAUUAUGUAAUCAAAAGUGUUUUUAGUUGCAUUAUGAAUAUAAGCGAAAUUGCAUCAACUAUGGUAUGGUGUUUACUCAUUUAUCAAGAAUUAUGCAAAUUAUUUGCAAAAUGACUAACUGAAAAUUAAAGUGAUUAAAUUUGGCAAAUGUAUUUGUAAGUUAUAUUUAUUAUUAAUUAUGAGCAAAAAAAUAUUUAGUUGUAUUGAUUUGUAUAAUUUUUAAAUAGUAGUUUGUCAUCUUAAUAUCAAAGUUUAUUAAAUUCAUUAGUUGUUUAGAGAGAGAUAUUACGAAGCAACAUAUUAUGCCAGGCGUUAGAUAUUUAUUAUACAAUAAAUUUUUCUCUUAAAUGGACUGUAUUUUAUUCUUAAUAUCUGAUGUGUUACGAUAGUGACAAGAAUCAACUUUUUAGAACUUUUUGGUUUCAAUAAGAACGUGAAUAAAUUGAUAUAAUUUAUCUUUCUAACUGAUUAAUUGAAUGAAAUAACUUAAAAGUUUUAAAAAAUUUUGAAAUGAAGCACCAAAAAAUUUUUUAAUGAUUUUGUUUAAAUGGAUCUGGAGAUAAUUUUUCCGACCCUAUAAUCACAUUCAUAUGUUUACCUAUUAAAUCAAAAAAUUAUAAUUAUACUAUUACAGGAUGUAGUUUUCAUUUUAUGAUGAUCUUCUACUGUUCGAUAGUCGAAUGACAAAAAGUUGUUAACUGAAAGAUAUUUUUUUAAGUACUGAAAUUUUUUCUUGAUGUGAAUUUUCAUUUUCUUCUCGUACUGCAGCCGAAAGAAUACCAAUCGUGUCCCAACUGGUUUUUUCCAUUUCAAUAUAUCGGAUGCACGUUGUUUCUAAAUAGUAACCUCUAAUAUUUUCAAGUCAUCUGAGUGGGGAUGUUUCCUAUUUUUUUAGUGCCUUUUAGCUUAUUGAAGGUUAGAAGAUUUAAUCCCAAAAAUCGAACUUAUCCAUAAGUAACACAUGCUCUGACUAUUUUUUUCUUUUGAAAAUAAGCAGUUGGCUAUUCUUACUCAUUGUCUUUCCCUGCCAUAGAGAACUAUUGAUUGGAUUUAAUUUUAGUUCUGUUACUAAUGAAUCAUGGUCUUAGCCAAUUAAUUUAAGCCAGAGUAAAACCUGCUUGACCUAUUGGAACAUUCAUUCCAUUUUUGUUGGUGAUUGUUGUUCUAAGAUAACUUUCUCCAAGAUGUAACCAUUAAUCACCAGUGGUAUGUUAUCAGAUUCUUGAUUGAUCACAAUCGUGUGCUUCUAUGCUCUGCUUAACUGUGUUUGCAUUGUAUAACUAACAAUGAAAUUUCGAUAUCAGGGAAAAAUAGUUUUAAACAGGAAUUACCUUUAGAAAUAUUUUUUUUUUAUUCAACUGUUGUAUAUUUUUAGUAGAUAACUGAGAAAUUUAGCUUUUUUUUAAAUUUUAGUUUUUAUAUAAAUAUCCCCUGUCCGAACAAUGUUUCUUAAAUGCAAUAGUUUCGAAAAAUAUUGCGGCGUGGAAUCGGUGUGUAGACCGGAUAUUGAGAAACAAUGAUCUAGAUGAGGCAUCAGAAAGCUGACAGAACAUUCUAAUUUGUUGAAAUUUUCAAUCUUACUUUGUACAAUUUGUUUGGAUUCUUAUUAAUUUCCUAAAAAUUCAUCACCUUCGUCAAAGGAGCUUCCUUUGUCAAUGUAUAAGUGUUGGAAUAUAUCUGGUCCCAUCACUUUAGCUGCAGACAAUUCAGGAAAUGCAUGAACAGCAAUUGUCUAAAGCUUUCACAAAUUGUUUCAUCAAACCAAGUUUUAUUUGAAGUGGAAAAUAACAUUUCCAACUUGUCUCUUAAUCCAAUGCUGACUCUAUUAUCCCAAUGGUGACACAUAUCUGUUUGAAGGAGAAGUUGCAGAAUAACGAAACUUCACCUCAUUGUCUUUACUUUUUUAUUAAUGUGUUUCAGAAAAGUAAAAUAAUAUUUAUGUAUAUAUUAAUGGGUGUGCAUGUAUAUUCAUAAAAAUACAAAGACAGAACUGAAAACUUCAUGUUGUGAAAAAGCUGUAAUUUAUUAUUUUAAGCUUACUUUUUUCUGAAAUCAGCGUCCCAAAAUACAUCGGAGACAUUGCUUGGUAAAUAUUUUCAUUGCAGUAACUGAUGUGUUUAGCAAAAAUCGAACUUAUCCAUAAGUAACCUUUUUCAAUGUUUUCUAUUUAAAACAAAUACAAGUUCUGAUUUAUAGUAUAUCUGGGUUUUAUUAAUGUAACUUAAAUAAAUUGGGUAAAAAAAAAUUUAUUUUAGUUUAUUAUCGAAAAAGUAUGUUUUUAUAACAACAAAAUAGUAUUUUUCAGAAACUAUUAAUUUAAACAGAUAUGUGUAUUAUUUUACUUUUUCAUAUAUCUUGAUUUUGCAUUUUCACUACAUUUUUCAUUUUGGUAUUUUCUAUUGCAUCAUUUACAGCGAUGUGAAUGUAAUAUUAAUGACGAUAAAUAAAGAUUCUAUAUUAA